AUGACGAAAUUUAAGGAGUGCCGUAAGGAUCUUGCAUUCUUGACGUCCCAAUUUAAUGAGAUAUUGGACAACUUUUCCACGGGGAAAUAUGAUCCAAGCUAUGUCCCUAACUUAUUCACUGCCAUCCACUGUCUAAAUGACGAGCUGAAGAACAAGAGAAUUACACAUGAACGCCUAAUCUCGAGCAUGGUACAACUAUAUUGUGCAGCCUUUGAGACAACUUCAUCGACCAUCUACUUCUGCAUACUCAUGUUGGCCAUGUAUCCGGAAUUCCAGGCAAAAGCCUAUGCCGAAGUAUGUGAAUUAUUUCCCGAGGACGACGAGGGUGAAUUUGAGGUCACCUAUGAAGAUCUUUCAAAAUUGACCUAUGUGGAUAUGUUCGUGAAGGAGACAAUGCGUUUGCUGCCCACAAUUCCCCAAACGGGCAGGACAAUUCGUGGUGGAGAUCUAAAGUUGAGCAAUGGUGUUGUUUUGCCCGAGGGUCUCGAUAUUGGAAUAAAUAUAUAUUAUUUACAUCGCAACAAGGAGAUAUGGGGACCAAAUGCGAAUGCAUUUAAUCCGGAUAAUUUUCUACCCUGCAACGUUGAGAAACGUCAUUCAUAUGCCUUUAUACCAUUUAUGAAGGGAAGCCGGUUUUGUAUAGGAAUGCGUUACGCUGAAAUGAGUCUCAAAGUGGCAAUGUCUAAACUCAUCAAGAGGUACAAAUUUACAUCAGCAGCCAAGUUGGACGAUUUCCAGUUGGAAAAUCACAUAUCCUUGUAUCUGGUUAAUACUCCUUCGUUUACAAUCGAGAGGAGAGUAUUGAAUAAAAUCUGA